AAGCACCUGUGAGCGAUGCUUCUGUCCCCAGCUACGCGGGUUUCAGUUGCAUAUGACGGACAACAACUCCCAAGAAAUAAUCCGGAUGUCCCGUGACUUCAAAUGCUGCAUUGGUUGCUGCUGGUGUGCCGGGGGCUGCUGUCAGAUGGUCCUCAACGUGGAGGCACCUGUGGGGCGUCUUGUUGGGAGGAUCAAGACAAGUUCUUCGAGUUGUGUGCGUCUUUAUUCCAUUGAACUACGCAUCAGAUCACCACCGGGUAUGGAUAUGCGGUCCAUCAUUGAUGUAAUCAACUCCAAAUGCAGUCCGCACAUGCAGGUAUUUGACGCCGCAGAUAACCACCUGUAUACUCUCUGGGCUCCCUGCUGUCCCUGCCAGUGUCCUAUCUGCUGCGAAGAUGAUAUCAACGUUCCGAUCACUGACCCCUCUCUGACCCAGCGGGUCGGUAACAUUGCCAAGGUGUGGCGCGGUUGCUGCAGAGAGGCAUUCACUGAUGCAGACUCCUAUAGGCUUACCUUUCCAGCAGACAUGUCCCUUGAUAGUAAAGUCCUGUGCAUUGGUGCUGCAUUCAUGGUGGAGUACCUCAAUGAGUCCCAAGAGGAGAAUUAACAACGGCAAACAAGAAAGAACCUGCGAAUAACUGACAAUCAAUUAUAAAGAGGAACAGUGUAAGAGAAUAAUCACAUACAUUAUAAACAUGCAACUUUAGCAAGCAGAAAUCUUUAGUGUAUCUUAUCUGUAUACAUUGUUUACGUGUAACCAUAGAAUCGAAAGCACCCUACAUAUACAGUAGUAUAUUAUAUAUUCUUGUUUAUAAACAGUUAAACAUAUACAAAGUAUUUUUCACAUUUUAUUGUGUAUGUUUCAUAUAUUUGUGUAGCCUUAUCAUUUUUAUCUUAUCAGAUGUGUCAUUUAUUAAACACCAAUAUUGUUAUACAAUAAUGAAAAUUAUUUUUGGAGCGUAAUGGUGUUAGCAAUGUGCGGCAAAUCUCAUCUUUAAAAUGUUCACAAGAAUAAUGCGUGCCUUUCAUAUCUACCUUUUACUUUUAACAUUACUCUUCAAUGCACGCAUUUAUGUAUACUGAAUAGAUUUUCAUGCAAUUUAUUCGAAAUUUGAAUUGUUGUGGUUCAUGUUCAUUUAAUUGUUAUUUAUAUUUCAAUGUGACUUUAGCAAGCCUUGC